CUGCCUGCAUUCAUAAACGGAUAUGAUAACCCAGCGCUGAAAGCACCGGAGCAGCGACAACAGUCAGCUCUGACCAUGGCGGAAGAGGACGACGCAAGAAUUCGGAUUUUACAGAGCCUGCGGGGUAAAAUAUGUGAAGCUAAGAACCUGGGUCCAGUCUCAGGUCCAAAUCGACAAAGGGAUCUCUGUACCUUUUGCACCAUAAGUUUGGAUCAGGAGGAGGUGUUUCGCACCAAGGUGAUUGACAAAAGCGUCAGCCCCUUCUAUGGAGAGGACUUCUACUUUGAGAUCCCUCGUCCAUUUCAGUGUUUAUCCUUCUAUGUUUAUGCCAAGAGCGUUUUCCAAAGGGACCCACCUGUUGGCAAGGUAUCAAUCCGGAAGGAUGACCUGUGUAAAUACAGUGGAAAGGAGCACUGGUUUAGCCUUCAGCCAGUAGAUCCUAACUCAGAAGUCCAGGGUAAGGUUCAUCUUGAGAUGCGAUUGAAUGAAGUGAUCACAGAAAACGGCUCAGUAGGUCAGCACUUACUAGUCCGAAUAAUAGAGUGCCAGGAGCUGCCUCUGAUCAGUGGGCAGAACUGUGACCCCUAUGCCACCGUGUCACUCGUCGGACCUGCCAGGUCUGACCAAAAGAAGACAAAGGUAAAGAAGAAAACCAGCAACCCUCAUUUUGAAGAGACCUUCUUCUUUGAGGUCACACGAUCCAGCAGCUACUCUAAAAAGUCUCACUUCCAAGUGGAGGAGGAGGACAUCGAAAAACUUGAGAUCAAAGUUGAUUUGUGGAACAAUGAGAAUCUGGCUCAGGAUGUGUUUCUGGGGGAGACGCGGGUCCCCGUCAAGAUCCUGCGAAAUAACCACAUCCACAAAGCCUGGUAUCUCCUCCAGCCUAAAGGGAACGGCAACAAGUCCAAGUCUGACGAUUUAGGAUCCUUACGUUUGAAGCUGACCUAUAUAGAAGACACAGUGCUGCCAUCUGCCUGCUACACACCACUCCGCAACCUGCUGCUCAAAUCCCCAGAUGUGAAGCCCAUCUCAGCGUCAGCAGCACACAUCUUGGGGGACAUCUACAGAGAGCGGUACGAGGCUGUUCUGCCGAUGGUUCGACUGCUGCUCCACCACAAUCGCUUUGUGCCUUUUGUCUCUGCUGUGGCAGCGCUAGAGCUGGACAACACUCAGGAGGCUAACACUAUAUUCCGUGGCAACUCGCUGGCAACUCGCUGCAUUGAUGACAUGAUGAAGAUUGUGGGAAAGAACUACCUGGCGGUUACCCUGAAGCCUGUAAUAGAUGAGAUUUGUGAAUCCAACAAAACAUGUGAGAUAGACCCUGUUAAACUAAAGGAAGGUGACAACGUAGAGGUCAACAAGGAGAACCUACAGGGUUAUGUGCAGAAGGUCUUUUCCUCCAUCACCCAGUCCAGUUCGAGCUGUCCCCCACUCAUGUGUGAUGUCUUCAGGUCACUGAGACACUUGGCCUGCAAACGUUUCCCAGCUGACCCACACGUUCAGUACUCAGCUGUUAGCAGCUUUGUGUUCCUGCGGUUCUUUGCUGUUGCCGUUCUUUCUCCACACUCCUUCCAGCUCCGUUCCCAUCAUCCUGAUCCUGAGAUUUCCCGCACACUCACGCUCAUCUCAAAAACCAUCCAGACUCUGGGCAGCUGGGGUAGUUUGUCAAAAAAAUUGUCUAGUUUCAAAGAAACCUACAUGUAUGACUUCUUCAAAUCAUUCCAAGAGGACAAGUGUAUCGAAAAAGUUAAAAAGUUUCUUGACGAGAUCUCGUCGAAUGUCAGUAAGGAGUCUAGUGGGCUGGAGGAUGCGGUGGUACUCAAGGAAGGGGAAGUACAGAAACGUGCCCAGGGGAGAAAACGCCUUGGAAAGAAAAACUUCAAAAAGAGAUGGCUCAGAGUGACCAACAGGGAGCUCACCUACCACAAACAUAAAGGGAAAGAGGCCCUCUGCAUCAUCAAUGUCAAAAACAUCCGGGCGGUGGAGAAACUGGAUGAAAGUGCCUUUAACCGCAAAAAUAUGUUUCAGGUGGUCCACUCUGAGAAGCCUCUGUACGUGCAAGCAGGAAACUGUGUAGAGGCCAGUGAGUGGUUGGAGGUCCUAGGCCAGGUCAGUCGCUGCAACGAGGGACGCCUGGCCACCUACCACCCGUCAAAUUACACUGGUGGAGCCUGGCAGUGCUGCAAAAACCAGAGUAACAACGCAUCAGGCUGCAAGCCCUGCACAGCCACCAUCCUGGCCAACCUGCAGCUCGACAUAGACUGUGACCGGGAAACAGAGAGAAUUUUCUCCCUUCUAUCAUCAAAUGAUAGCAAACUCCAGGACAUGGAGGAUGCAUGUGCCAGUAUGGCGGUGUACCAGGGCCCUCAGCGGGAGCAGGAGGAAUACUCCAAGUUCACCAUUCAGGAACCAAAAGAGACCUUUCAGACACUCAAACAGCUCCGCAACAUCAUGGAGGAACUUCAGAAGCAGCACAACAUCAGGAACUACACCACAGCGCAGUACGGCAGCCUGGCGAACCCGAUAGUGGGGAAAACCUCCUAACCAGGAAGGGCAGGUGUGGCCUGAGACGGCCAUACCAGCAGGUGUGAAUAUACCACAAAGAUCACCAUAGUGACACACUGGCGUCUUAAAAGGAGCCCCGGGAACUGUCCCACCCAGAACGGCUGCUGCAUGACCAGGAGAAGAAAUAUUGCUACACCCUGACCUCCAGACACCAUGAGUCCACUACAGCAACAGGAAGUGGAUGGAUUGUGAGCUUUUCCAGGAUCUCUCCUUGUGUCCUCGUGCCUCACCCCACCCCCAUCCCCUCCUCUCCACUGCAGGUCCCUUACGUAGAGACUCUCUCCUUGUCUGAUUUUAUGUCUCCAGCUGUAUGAAAAAGGCACCAUUAGAUGGAGUGUGAAUAGGCUGCUAUUAUUUUUUUGUAUUCACCCAGUUUUAGAUCAACAGCUGUGAUGAUACUCUCCCAAUCUUAACAUUUUGCUCGGACAUCUCUCUUUGGAGCUGAUUGAUAAUCGUGUCCUCUACUUGUGCCCCAGUACACUUAAAUCUUUCUCCAUUCUUAGUGUCCUUUCUCCUCUGAACAAAUGUAUAUAUAUUUUCAGAGUCCAGUUAAGUAGAUGAAACCGAUCUGCCUUACUUUGAUGGAUGUUUCUUUCGCAUUAAAUGCUGAGGGAAUAAUGCAGAAGCACUUUAAAUAUUUGGAGAACUCCAAAUGAAAAACGAUUAGAUACUUGGUAUCAGCUUCCCCCCUUUUUGAUCAGUUACAUGAUCUCGAGUACAUUUUUGUUUUUUUUCUGUACAAUAACAUUGAUAGCUUGUAGUUUUUAAGAUAUUUUUCUUGACCAAAGACAGUUUCAUAGGUUUGACUUGAAAAAAAAUUUAUGUAUUUUGAAUACAAAUGUUUUAAACUUGGAGACAAAUUAUAUCUAUCUAUCUAUAUAUAUAUGUAUAUAUAGAUAUCUCUCUCUCUCUAUAUAUAUAUAGAGAGAGAUAUAUCUAUAUAUAUAUAUUUGGUUUAUGUGUACGUUUUUUUGCUAACAUAUCCUUUACUGUUUUGGUGACUUUAGGCAAGCAGAUUGCAUGCGUUCAGUUUUGAGUCCUGAUAGCACAUGACCGUGUUGUAGAGUUGUGUUUCGCUGUGAUCGUGAGUCGUAUUGGUACGGUGUACAUCAGAACUGUGCUGUCACGUCGAGAGCAUCGCGACAUACCCGUAGUGCUUUAUGUAUGAAACGAUGGAGGAAAUGCAGAGGGGAAUCAGUGAGAGUAACAAAUGAGCCCUGUUAUCCCAAAAUUAGUCCCGACAAUCACGGCAACCAACAAACACAUAAUGUCCUCUUUUCAUCUGUGCAUUUUUCAGACCAGCAGUGCUGCACAGCUCCAGCUGUUGCGCUUUAUGGUUUUUUGUUUUUUUUUUUAGAGAAUUUGUUUGAAAUGCGACACUCUGUGGCUUCGAGUUUAAAGUUGUGCUUUUGACUUUUACACAGCUGUAGGUCGCAGCGCUCCACUGCCAGAACAGUCAAGAAAAGAUUGUGUAGUCAACAAGUAAAGAAAAAAAAAAGAGAGAAGACACAUUCACUGAUGAUGAUACGCAUUAUGGCAUUCUUAGAGUGAAUCAUAUCCCAGACAGGUUUUUAUCCUAACUAUCACAUGUUGCAGAGGUAGCACUGCAUCUGAUCAACACAGUGAUUGGUUGAUUUUCGAUCAGUUUAUUAGACAGUAUGGAACGGAUAUUAUAAGAUAUGAUACCGAUACUGAGACCAAAACCUCAAAAUUUUAGGUUGCAACUUUUUAAACAUUUUUACUGUUUUUCUAUCAGUCAGCUUAUCGAUUAAUCAACAAAUCAUCUUUGCGCUGGAGAAAACUGAUGAAAAAAAAAAAAAAUCAAACUUUGAUUCAGUCCUGGUUUUGUCUUUUUGUUUCCUGUAACGUUUUUCAUCAUUUGCCCAUUUGAACAAUGAAGUGUUGAAAAGAUACAAAAGAAACUUGAAUUUAUUUUAGCAACAAAAGUUGAAGAUUUAAUGCUGAUGAUACAGGGUUAACCGUGUUUGUUUUGGUUUUUUUCUUUUUUUUCUUUUUCUUUGCUUGUGGAAAUAAGUUGUUUUGUCUUUGGUCCGUCAUUUAUUUCUAACAUGCAUGUCUUGUAUAUUUAACAAUAUAUUUUUAUAGGAAAAUGUUUUUGUAUCUUUUGUUUUUUUUUUUUAAACACUGAUUUAAUGUGUUUGCUUUACUGGUACACCUAGGGAACAUACCUUGUUCCUCGUCUGCAGCGCUCCUCUGAGGCUGGCCGCUUUUUUUGUUUUUGUCCCUUUACUGACUGUAUGUGGUUGUAGCUGCUGCCGAACCUCCACUUGUCGAUAGCUUAAUGCGGAGUUACUGAAGUGAAAAUUGUGUGUGUGUGUGUGUGUGAGACGUCCCCACCGAGCUGCAGCUGGCACUGACUGAGUUCACAUGCAGGUUGUGAGUGAGUGAACUGCCUAAUCAGAGCCAAAAUACAAAUGUAAAAUGAUUGAUUUAAAGAAAUUGAUCACUGGAUUUUGAACUUUGCCUAUGCUUGUGAAAAGUUUUCAGUUGGACAUGGUUAAAAAAACAAAACAAAAAAAAAACAAACUACCAAAUUUCAGCAACAAGAUCUGAAUCUGAACUAAUCAGAGCAGAAAGCUACUGUUAUAUUCUGUAUAAGCUUGCAUGUCAACUUUCAUGUGAAGGUGAACAUGUGUUGGGUUUUUAUUUCCACUCACUUGGUUAUUGAAUUAUUCUUUUAUCUGCUUUUAAUAAGGGAAUUAUUUUCUCCAUUUGUUUUCCCAUGUCAGUGCGUUGUCCUGAAAUAAAAAUGUUUUUUUGUGA